CACGAAGGGAGAGCGACAGAGCGACAGAGACAGAGGAUAGCGAGGGAGGACUUGCACCGCCUCCGUUUUAUGUGGCAGUCCGGCUCCCCUGCCUCCUCCACGCUCUCCCUCUCACUCGCGCUGUCUCUCUCGCAGCCACAUCUCUUCAUUACCCCGUCUGCUUCGCCCCCUCCCCUUUUCCUCCUUCCUCGUUAUCCCCCUUCAUUUCUCCUCCUCAUAUUCUUUUUCACUCUUCAUAUUCGACAUGCGCUUCACGUGAAGUCCACCUACCAACUUGCGGAGUCGGUAGAUGUCGAGUAAACAAAAGCAGGCAAAUGCUCUGACGGGGAAUUAAAGAAAGAAAACACGCAGGCUUACAUCUUUCGUUGAGUGCCUUGGCUUGAACGGAGCAACAGUAUGGAUCUCUCAUUCAUGGCUGCACAGAUCCCUGUAAUGACAGGAGCCUUCAUGGACUCCUCGCCCAAUGACGACUACAGCGGCGAGCACUCGCUCUUUAACUCCUCGGCCAGCGUCCAUGCCGCCGCCUCGGCCGCCUCGGUACACGGCCAGCAGGAUGAGCCGCAGUCCAUGUCCAGCGAUGCCAUCUGGCUCUGGAUUGCCAUCAUUGCCACUAUUGGAAACAUUGUGGUGGUGGGCGUUGUCUAUGCCUGCACUUUCUGAUGAACACAUGCUGACAAAGACAACCCGCACACUCACACAUCCUGCUUUUUCUCAGUCUCUGGACCCCCGAAGGAGGCUUUGUAGACAAUCUCUCGCUCUCUGUGUCUCUCGCUGUCUUUCUUUUUAUCCCUCACACUUUUUGGCAGGGAAGGGGAGGGACGGACCUGAGGGUGUAAAAGUAGUGAUACUUGACAGUGACAUAUACACUGCUAUACUUCUUCGUUGAGGGGAAAGACUGAAAUUUGGCAGCAUUUAUCAGCAACAAGCACUUUUGAAUGCUACAGCUUGA